CUGACGAAUUAGUCAGAAAAUGGCGUCGUCAGCCAAGUUUCUGGAAGAAGCUCUCAGUACAGAUGUAGACGAAUCGGCGGUAAGUGCUAUUGUUGGGUCAUUAGAAAAUCAGCUUGGGACCCCUUCACCUAGUGUUUCUUGUCAACAAGUAUCGUCGAACGCGUUGAAUCAAAAUCAUUUGCAAAGUGGCGUAUCGAACGCGAACCCAGCGUCCCUUCAAAACCAUGGAACCACUAACGGUCGAUCAGAUAAUACCAUGAGUAUAACGUUGAAUUCGGAGCCAAACAAAGAUAUCACUAGCGGCGGCGGUCACCAGCAGAUCGGUAAUAUCACACAAACUGUUUCAAAUUCUAACGUACAAGGCGUACCACCUAGUUCUAGUUUUAUCAACCAAAUACCAACUGUAGUGCAAUCCAGUACGGCGAAUAUUGUCAAAACACAAGAUGGGAUAAAAACUGUUUACGCCUCGAAUCAGUCCGCCACUAACGUAGUCGGUGCUACUAGGGUUACAUAUCCGCUGCAAAAUGUCAACUCGUUACCGAAUGGAAAUCUGAAUGUUGCGUCAUUACCAGCGAAUAGUGUUUUGAAUGUAUCCAGCGCCAAUUUACAAGGAACCGCCGUUAUCAUAAAAUCGAACGCCUGUAAUAACGUACAAUCGUCUACCGUACCCUCACAAAUGACUACCGCAAUUUCCUUAUCCGGCUCUCAGCUCAAUACGACGGCCGUCACGCUGGCCCGAACGACUGCCGGAGGUGCUCCAACCAUCGUCAGUAGCACGCCUCAAACUAUUUUAUCGAAUGUCCAAGUCGUCAAUUUGAACGCCGUACGUGCUGGAACUCCGACGCAGACGGUGAAUAGACCAAAUGCUCCGCCGAGAUUGAUGAUACCGCAGAUGAUCGGUGCUCGACCAGGACAACCUGGACAAAUCACAAUUCAAGCGUUGCAAGGACUACAAGGUGCUCAAGGUGGUCAUCUAUUACUUAAAACCGAAAAUGGAGCAUAUCAACUGUUACGAGUGGGUCCUCCAACUCCGCAAGGUACUACCGUAGGCCAAAAUGCGACCACAGCUACCAUCCCGCAGAGUUUCAGAAUACAAACCGUUCCAGUUUGCGCAGCUACCAGCGCAACGCCGUCCCCUACCGUGCAAACUGUCACAUCUCAAAAUCAAAUCCAAACCGGAAGUCCUGCUCAACGAAAUAACGACAAUAAUAAAGAAAAGUGUCGUAGAUUUUUAACAAAUUUGCUAGAAUUGUCUAGUAGAGAACCUAAGGCUGUGGAAAAAAAUGUCAGAACUCUUAUUCAAGAGCUUAUAGAUUCUAUGGUUGAACCAGAAGAAUUCUGUGAUCGUUUGGAGAAAUUGUUAAACGCUUCUCCUCAACCAUGUUUAAUAGGCUUUUUAAAAAAAAGUUUACCAUUGUUAAGGGCUGCGAUGAUAGCUAAAGAACUAACCAUCGAAGGUAUUCGAGCACCUGCACCGACGCAAUCUCAAACUACUGUCGUAUUAGCUGCUGCUCCUCCUAACGUCGUUCAAGCUCAAUUACAAAACAAUCAAGUGAGACCGAUUCAAGUCGGAAUGCAACAAGUACGAAUGAUUCCGCAGUCGCCUAUGACCACUACUACUCGACCUCAGCAAGCCAUUCAACAAAGAUUAAUCACUCAACCCGUAGUCAGAGUGGCAACCGCCGGAAACGUUGCUGGUGGCGGAGGCGUUAAAAUUACCACGCAGACGAUACCCACCGUAGCAACAACCGUUCGCAUACCUCAGUUACCCGUCACAUCUGUAGCUCUGAGCGGCAGUAUCGGCGACUCGACCAGUACAACGUCCACAGGGCUGACGCUGGUCUCCUCAGCGAACUCGACUGCCUCCUUAGCCACAGCCACCACCACCGCCAUCAUCGGUCAAAACACAGUCCGCGUUCAAACACCAAUACGGCAUACGAUUGCUAAAAACAUGCCGAUCAAAACAAACGCAGCCGCUAGUCCGACGGUACGCGGCGCAAACGCCAUGUCCAAUUCUUCCUCGGCUCAAAAAACGCAAACUGUGAUCGGUACCAAGAAUAAUUUCAUAUCGAAAUCGCCCAUGCUGUCCGGUAUCGGUAAACAGCAAAUUACCUCCAGUCAGGCCAAAUCCGCCGCUAAGGAUAAAGAAAAGAAAUCCGUAGCUACGGCGGCAGCCGCCGCUGCUGCAGCUGCUACCUCAGUUACCGCGUUGGCUGGCGGUUACGUAGGCGAUGACGAUGUCAACGACGUGGCUGCCAUGGCCGGCGUUAAUUUAGCCGAAGAAACGCAGAGAAUAUUGGGUCCGUCUGAAUUCGUCGGUACGCAGAUUAGGUCGUGUAAAGACGAGACUUUCUUGCAUACGCAUCCUUUGACCAUGAGGAUCAUCGAAAUCGCUGCCAAACACGGAUUAGAUGAACCUACCUCGGACGUUGUAGCGUUAAUUUCACACGCUGCUCAAGAACGUUUGAAAAAUAUUGUAGAGAAAUUAAAUGUGAUAGCUGAACAUAGAGUUGAUUUUAAUAAGGCUGACAAAAAUUACGAAAUUAGUCACGAUAUUCGAGGUCAAUUAAGGUGCUUAGAAGAAUUAGACAAAGUCGAACGUAAACGUCACGAUGAAAUGGAACGAGAGCUAUUGCUAAGGGCUGCCAAAAGCCGAUCGAAAUCCGAAGACCCGGAACAAGUUAAAUUGAAAGCAAAAGCCAAAGAAUUGCAAAGAGCCGAAAUGGAAGAAUUGAGACAACGAGAAGCGAAUCUGACUGCCUUACAAGCUAUCGGUCCUCGAAAGAAAAUUAAACUCGAGGGAACCGAUGGACAAGGAUCUUUCAAUUUCUCCGGUUCUUCUAAUUUGAAUUCGGGCACCAGUAGGUUACCGUUGGCGAAUAGACCGCGCCUGAAACGUGUCACCGUGCGCGACUUUUUAUACGUGAUGGAAAAGGAAAAGCAUAUCAACAGAAGUCCAUUUUUGUAUAAAUCCUAUCUUAAAUGAUAACGCAGGUAGAAUUACGAUUGAGAAAACCAUUUCCGGAGAAAAAUUUAUCCGAUUCGGAUGCUUUUUUUUUUUGAUUUCUAUUUCAAACACAAAUUGCUGUUCAAAAACGUACACGAUCUCAUCACGGAUGAUAAUUUAGGUCUUGUCGGACUUUUCGAACGCGUAGAGAUCCAACGAGGGAGUUGUUUUUUUUUCAUUAUUUCAUUUUGAAUUUUUACUUACGGAUUUGUUUGAGUUUUCUUUUCCGCUGUUUUUUUUCGUGGUAAUUAGUCUUGAUUGAAUUUGGAAUAUCUACGUCUUUUUUUUGUUUUUUUCGAAGUUUCAUUUUUCAAUGUAGGUAAUAAUUUACCUUCAUCAAACAAACGCAAAUACCUCGAUCGACGAGUGCAAUAUGCUAGAAAAUGUGAUCUUUAUUUUUGUGUGUUUUUUUUUUAACUGUACGAGAUUUACGUAAAUGAAACGCGUUAAUACGAUAUUUAAACAUAGAUAGGUUGACAAAAAGGUACAAAAUUAAUUCGCAGGUAGUUUCUAUGAUUUUUUUUUUAAUACACUCGAGCGACUCUAACAAAUAUCGACGCGCGAUCGACAAAGAAAUACUUAAAAGAACACCAGACCGGAUACGAGAAAUAUAAUGGAAAAAAAUAAUCAAUUAUGGAAAAAACAAGGUUUCACAUAUAUGAGUAUGUAAAGUGCCUUAUUUAGUAUUUUUUUUUGUUCUGUAUUCAUUAUUUUUUUAAAAAUUACUCAAUGCAAGGGAUCAUUAUCAGAAUUUAGUAAUAGAAUAAAAAAAAAGUUUCGAUGUUCGAAGAAAUAAUUGCGUUAUUUUAAGUCAUUUUUAUUGUAAUAACCACUUUUUUAAUUUUUUUUGUUCUGUUUGUUUCUUACUGUCGAGCAUUUGUACAUUUAUUUGAUAAGAUUUCAGUUCAAUUUUGUUUCAAAGACGAAUGAUGACGAAUGACGAUUGACGAGGCAUCUACGACGUGUUUCUCGUUGUAAAUGUAUAAUUAUUAACGAUUUAUUUAUGAUGAUUUUUUUUUCUCCUUUCUUGGAUUAUACUUGUUCGUUGUGUUUUUAAUACCGAUUUUUUUUCGGCGAUCGAAACCCGUCUGCGGGGUUUGUUUCACUUACGCGUAUUUAUAUACUUGUACACAAAUUAUUAUUUAUGACAAAAAUUUUAAUUAUUGAGAUUUUUUUAAAAAAUUUGUUCCAUUUUUAUGUACGGUUUUUUUUUCAUGUUCAUUCAUUUUAUUUUGUACGUGAUACGAUUAACGAAAAUUUUGUAAGAUUUUUCCUCCAUCGAGUAUAAAUAUUAUUAUGCUACAUUACAUCCCUACCUACCCCCUUACCUACAGAUAUAUAAUUUUUAGUUGUUUUUAUUUUUACUGGCCAACCUUGGACAAUCAGUUUUCGCGCCCGAAGUGACUCGAUUUUCCAUGUUUUAGUUUUAUACGUAUUUUUUCUCCCCGUUUUAAAUAAAGCUUUGUUUUGUUUCUGUUUUUUGUGCUAAAUUGUGGGUCAUUUGGGUUCAAUUUUCGGGUACGUUGUGGCGACCUUUUUUGCCUUUGCCAGGCGAUGAUCAUGUGUAUGUGUGAGAGAGUCGGAAGUAGUACAAAACGUCGUGUGCAAAAAAAAUUUUGCGUGACUUUGGUUCUUAUUGUUUGCAUGUUUUAAAUGUAUUAUUAUAGUUACUGUUUUGUGUUGGGUUGUAUGUUGAUUGUUGAGUUGGAAAUUUUAGGGGUUUUUACUGAACGAUGAAAGUGGUGUACUUUUGAAACGAGCUUUUUUUUCAUAAUUUUACAAACCGCGUUUUUGGCUUUUGUCAUGGUUUGUUUUUACAGCCUAAUAAUUACUGUCUUUUUUUAAAAAAAAUAAUGCAAUAAGAUGUAUUUUUGUAUAGAAAUGAAAGUUACGUGUGUAUAUAUUAUAGAUAUGGUAUCGUGUAAUUCUUUUUUUUUUUAAGUUUUAAGUUGGGAUUAACUUUGUAGUCAGUACAUUGUUAUGAAUAGAUGAUUGUUGAAUAAAAAUAAAUCGAUUGAAUUGUU